AUGCAAGCUGAAAUAAAUGGCAGAAUGUUCUUUGUGAAUGAUGGUUUGGAUGGAUUAAAAGCAUUAUAUACAUUCGUUUCCUAUUUUGAUCCAUUUGAUGCUUCGUUAAAAUGUGUUUUGCAUGCUUUCGAAAACGAUUUGAAGGCACGGGAAGUAGAGCAUACUUUGAAAUGCAAUAUAUUUUUUAAACUUAUUCAGUUAGCUUGUGAUCCCAGUCAGUCUAUGGAAGUUGUUCUGGAGCCUGACUGCACUGCUUUACAUCCUAUGGAUUAUCAUUUAUGCUGGCAUUUGUGGUUUAUUUUACGAAUUUUGAGAUUUGAACAUCCGUCAGAAUCUGUUGAACAUGUACUUCAUAUUCGAUAUGCUGAACAACUUUGUCAAAUGCAAUUGUACCAUCUCGCUGCAAUUGUACUAAUGCAUAUUUCUGAUUUGCAAAGUCGAAGUGAUUCUUUGAUCGAACUUUGUGAUCGAAUCGCGGAUAAAGCUGAUGAGGAAACUUAUAUGAAACUGUCAACAAUGGCGCUUCUACCAGAUUCUGUUAUUGCUCGGUCAAGAUAUAUGAGAGCGAAAUUGGAAGGUAAUGAAGUUAAAAUGUGUUUAUAUGCUCUGCAAGGUGGCAUGCUUGAUGAAGCACAUUCUGUUUUCUUCGAAAAAGUUGCGCCCGACAUGAUUAUAUCAGAUAAUUACGAGUGCUUGAGUGAACUUGGUGGUUUGUUUGAGGAGGUGAGUGAUCAAAUACCAGCGUGGGGGCCAGGAGGGCAAAUUUUCACCGAUUUUCAUCAUAUUAAAAAAAGAUUGGAAGAAAUUGGAGAUGAUGAGGAGGUAAAAGAAAUUAUGGAAUUGGCACACUCACUUGAACUACGGUUGGUUGCUAUGCCCGUAAGCAACCCCAUACAAAGACUUGCUGCAACAGUAAUGUCCAAAUAUGUUUUCAAACUAAUCUAUGGCUAUGAAGGUACUGAAACGGAAAAUCUACCAUUAACUUAUGAAGAUAAAUUGGAAAUUGCCAGUGAUCUGGAAAUUCUUCCGAAUUUUUCUGUGGAUUGUACUGCUUCUCCAAUAUCAGUCGUGAGUUGCAGCAAUAGUGAUUAA